AUGAGCAUGUUCUCUCUCAAGGGAAAGACCGCCAUUGUUACUGGUGCUGGCGCCGGUAUCGGUCUGGCUGUCGCUCAGGGUCUGGCAGAAGCCGGUGCCAAUGUGGCUUUAUGGUAUAGAAGCAACACAAAGUGCCCUGAGCGCGCUGCCGAGAUCGCCCAGCACCUCACUACUCUCGUCUCUACUACAGCCAAGGCUUACCAGGUCGAAGUUACCGACGGGAAGGCCGUCGAGAAAGCAGUGAAUGAGGUCGUCAAGGACUUUAAUGGUCAUCUCGACGUCUUCAUUGCCAAUGCCGGUGUUCCCUGGACCCAGGGUCACAUGGUGGACGGUCCUCUCGAGCACUACCGUGAUGUAGUCGGCAUUGAUCUCGACGGUACCUUCUACUGUGCCAAAUACGCCGCCGACCACUGGCGGCGCCAGAAGGAAGAGGGUACUGACACUAAUGGCAACAAGCUCACCAACUUUACUUACGGUAGCUUUGUCGCUACGGCCCCCAUGUCCGGCCACAUAGUCAACUUCCCCCAAAUGCAAGCCGCCUACAACGCCGCGAAGACUGGUGUGAAUCACCUCUGCAAGUCCCUCUCUGUUGAGUGGCUUCGCUUCGCUCGUGCCAACACCAUCUCGCCCGGCUACAUCGCCACCGAGAUCUCCAGGUUCGUGCCCGAGGACACCAAGAACAUUUGGCGUGAUAAGAUCCCAAUGGGCCGUGAAGGUCAGGCCCACGAGCUGAAGGGUGCCUACCUCUACCUGGCCUCCGAUGCUUCAACCUACACUACCGGCGUCGAUUUGAUUGUCGACGGUGGCUACUGUGCGCCAUAA